AAAUGAGAGAUCAGUUCCUCCCAAGAUUUCACAGACGACUAACGUUUAUUAAUGUAUAAAACAAACAAAAAAAAAAUGACAAGUGAAAAAAUUUCAUUCUUUAUAAUCAUCAAUUAUCUCUGGAUCUAUGGAUUAUGUGUUUAUAAUAAACCGAUAGUUAAAAUUCAUCAAGGCGAAAUUGAAGGGAAAAUUCAACAAUCGAGAAAUGGAAGAUACUUCUCUUCAUUUCUUGGAAUUCCAUAUGCUUUACCUCCAAUUAAUAAUCUCAGAUUUAAAAGUCCACAACCUGCAGAAUCAUGGACAGGAAAGCUUGAAGCACAUAAAGAUGCAAAUAUGUGUCCACAAAUGAAUGGCUCACGUGUUAUCGGCGACGAAGAUUGCCUCUACAUAAAUGUUUAUGCACCGUUUACAGAUUUUAAUAAUUUCACAAAAAAUGAGACUCAAAAAAAUUUAACAGCAGUUAUGGUGUGGAUUCAUGGAGGUGCAUUUGUCGAGGGAAGUAGUCAAUCUACUCUUUACAGUCCAGGAUUUCUUCUUGAUAAAAAUAUUGUUCUCGUUACAUUUAAUUAUCGUUUGGGAAUAUUGGGUUUUUUAAGUACAGGAGAUUCAGUUGCGCCCGGUAAUUAUGGCCUUAAAGAUCAAGUUCUCGCUUUAAAGUGGAUUCAAAAUAAUAUUCAAUUCUUCGGAGGAAAUCGUAGUCGUGUUACAAUAUUUGGCGAAAGUGCUGGUGGAUCGAGUGCAAGUUUACAUGCAUUUUCUAAUAAUUCAAAGGGAUUAUUUCAUCAAUACAUAACACAAAGUGGAAAUGCAUUUGUUCCGUGGACUUUUCAGAAUAAAACAUAUUUUGCGUCAUUUGUCAAAAAAUUGGGUCUUUUCUUUGGCUGCAUUACAUUUAAUUCGGAGGAUUUAAUAAAAUGUUUACAGACAAAAUCAAUUGAUAAAUUGCUAUCCACAAGUGUUACUUUCAGUACAAUUGCACGAUUUGCCAAAUUAACAUGGACCCCAACUAAUGAACCCGAAUCGGAAGAUGCAUUUUUAACUGACACACCGGAGAAUUUAAUUGCACAAAAUAAACUUCGCGAGUAUCCAUUCAUUUCCGGUAAUGUUAUUAAUGAAGGACUCAUGAUAACAGAACUUCUAUAUGCAAGUAAUUUGGCUUAUACGACAAUUAGACUCGGUUUAGAUGAGUUUAUCAAUUAUUUUUCAAACUACUACUUGCAUCCCAAAGAUAAAAAUCAAUUUAGAAUCGAAGUCAAGAAGAAGUAUUUCAGUAAAGGCAUUUUUAGCUCGAAAGAAGAGUUUGUUGUAGGACUAACAAGAUUUGCAACAGACGCAUUUUUUAAUUAUCCUCUACUAAAAUAUAUUCAAACUUUAUCGGAAAAAUUUCAAAGUCCCGCCUAUUUCUACAGUUUUGGCUAUCAAGGCCGCGAGAGUAUUAUAAAGUCAUUGAAAAAAAAUUAUGGCGAUCCUAAAGUUGGUCACACAGAUGAUUUGGAUUAUUUAUUUCCAAAAAAAUCAGUUAUUAUCAAGGGACAAGAUCAAAUUAUAUCCGAAUUAAUUGUCGAUUUAUGGACAUCAUUCGCAAUUACUGGAAAACCUACAUCUGAUCUCUUGGAAAACCCAAAUCUAUGGACGCCUUAUCGAGAGAGCAAAAAUUAUUUAAACAUUUCCGGCAGUAUUUUGGAUAUUGACAUGAAAGUAUCAGUUGAUGAUUCUUAUUUUUUUGAUCGUAUGGAUUUUUUUUCAAGAAUUUUGAGUAAUUACUAUUUCAAAUAAUUUAUAAUUGUUAAAUAAUUGUUAAUAAUAGCUAAUUACUGUAAUUAAUUAUGUAAGUUAAUUGUAAUAGUUAAUUAUAGUAAUUAAUUGGUACUAGUUGAUUGUAGGUAAUAGUUAAUUACAUUAAUUAAUUGUAUUAGUUAAUUGUAAUAGUUAAUUAUAGUAGGUAUAAUUAAUUCGUAUUAGUCGAUUGUAAUAAUUAAUUACAGUAAUUAAUUGUAUUAGUUAAUUAAGUAGUCAUAAAAGUUCAGUUAUAAAAAUCAAGAUUAAAAAAAAUUAUCGAAAAUAAAUGACGAUUGGAAUAAAUUGCGAAUAAUAAUUAUCAAUUUUGUUCAUACACUCGAUUCUGUUUGAGUAAUGUAAAGCGACAUUUUAUUUAAUUGAGAGCAAUUUGAAUUAUGAAAAAGAACUACUAACUUCUACUUCUUACUUUCGAGUGAAGUGAAAAUGAGGGUGAAAAACGUCUUGGAAAGUGCACUUUCAUGUUUCAGAAAAAUUAUGUUUCAUAUUUAAAAUUGCAAUACAACUUGCGAUGUUAAAAGCAAAAACUUUAGUAAAUUUUCAAACUGAAAAUAAGUUUCCUAUAUAAAAUAUAGGGAAACUUUUGAUAUUCAAUUUACAAUUUUCUUUUAAUUGCGCCCUUAUUUUG